AUGCUGUCAACCGCUCCCGUCACACAUCUGGACAAUGUCAAUUCCACAGAGCCUUCGAACCGCCAGUCAGGCAUGGAAUCCUUUCAAUCAUGUACGCAGGGUUUCCAACAGCUCAGAGAAACAUAUCCUUCUGCGGCUUCAGCUCUUGAUUCUGUGGAUGAUGCUAUUCGAAAGACAGCCAUUUCACUUGAAAUAAGAGAUACCCAACUCAGCCGCCUACUGAACAGUGAUAGAGCCAGCUAUGGCGGAACAAUAGUGACUCAACCGGAGUACAACGACCGCCCAGAAACUGUCACCGCAUCAUCGACUAUUGCACAACAACUUGGCAAUCUUGAUCCCCCGCAAAUUAGCAAGCUCCUCUGUUCUCAUUUUAUGAUGACACCCUCUGAAAGGAGUCUACUACAGGAUCUUGCAUCCACAGAAGCAAAUAGUUUGGACUUACAUUCCGACGGGGAUAGCGCCUCUGAUGAAGACUCAUAUGGUUCCAGUGGACGAGACCCUGCUCCAUAUAAGUCGCAGCUCUCAUCCACACAAAUAACACCACAGACAGAAACAACUGUCCCUAAUACCCAAAUCCACCCUUCAAUAGAGCUUUACGAGCAUGAGAACGCCCAAGAUGACUGGGACCUUCUGCAAUCGUUACUACUGGCGCCAGAUGACAGAUGCAAGAUGCAUUCUAUGCCUAAUGAUCAGGAUGAGGAUAUUACUUGA